CAACUCUGCUUUGCCCACUCUUCUCUUUCCCACAUCAAUCAACAUCCUCAACUCUCCUCAUCUUCCACCUCAACUCCUCUUCCCCUCCCUCACUCUUAAAUAAAGGCUGUCAAGACAUCCCCAUUGUUGUCUACGCCUUCUUUUACCCUCAUAUAACUAUACAAGUUCUCUCCUCCAGUGACGUCGAGUCGCUUUCGUCACCAUGUUCGUGUAUAAGCGCAAUGGGAACAAGGAGCGUGUCCAGUUCGACAAGAUCACAGCUCGUGUCUCGAGGCUGUGUUACGGAUUAGAUGCUGAGCAUGUCGACGCCGCUGCCAUCACACAAAAGGUCAUCUCUGGUGUGUACCAGGGUGUGACCACCAUUGAGCUCGAUAACUUGGCUGCCGAGACUGCGGCCUACAUGACCGUCACCCACCCAGACUACGCCAUCCUCGCUGCACGUAUUGCAGUGUCCAACCUUCACAAGCAGACGAAGAAGCAAUUCUCGUCCGUCAUCCACGACCUGUACCACUACGUCAACCCCAAGAACUCGAAGCCAUCGCCCAUGAUUGCAAAGAAGACAUAUGACAUCGUUAUGGAGCACGCGGAGGAGCUCAACUCUGCCGUCCUCUACGACCGUGAUUUCAACUACCAAUACUUCGGCUUCAAGACCCUGGAGCGAUCCUACCUUCUCCGCCUUGAUGGCAAGGUUGCUGAGAGGCCACAGCACAUGAUUAUGCGUGUUGCGGUGGGCAUUCACGGUGAGGAUAUUGAGAAGACAAUCGAGACAUACAACCUCAUGUCUUCCAAAUACUUCACACACGCUUCCCCAACACUCUUCAAUGCUGGUACACCACAGGCCCAGCUGUCGUCCUGCUUCUUGGUCGACAUGAAGGAGGAUAGCAUUGAGGGUAUCUAUGACACACUCAAGACUUGUGCCAUGAUCUCAAAGACUGCUGGAGGUAUCGGAUUGAAUAUCCACCGUAUCCGUGCCACUGGUGCAUACAUUGCCGGUACCAACGGAAACUCGAACGGCAUUGUCCCUAUGCUCCGCGUGUUCAACAACACCGCAAGGUACGUUGACCAAGGUGGCAACAAGCGCCCUGGUGCUUUCGCCAUCUACGUUGAGCCAUGGCACGCGGAUGUCUUUGAGUUCCUGGACUUGAGAAAGAACCACGGCAAGGAGGAAGUCCGUGCCCGUGACUUGUUCUACGCUCUCUGGAUUCCGGAUCUCUUCAUGAAGCGUGUCGAGAAGAACGGCGACUGGACCCUCAUGUGCCCCAACGAAUGCCCUGGAUUGGCAGAUGUUUACGGCGAUGAGUUCGAGGCGCUCUACGAGGGCUACGAGAAGGAGGGUAAGGGUCGCAAGACUAUCAAGGCCCAGAAGCUUUGGUACUCCAUUCUCGAGUCUCAGACUGAGACAGGAAACCCUUUCAUGUUGUACAAGGAUGCCUGCAACCGCAAGAGCAACCAGAAGAACCUCGGUACCAUCCGCAGCUCCAACCUGUGCACAGAGAUUGUCGAGUACUCUGCCCCAGAUGAGGUUGCCGUGUGUAACUUGGCAUCCCUUGCCCUGCCGACAUAUGUUGACAUGGCCAACGGCACAUACGACUUCCAGAAGCUUCACGAGGUCACACAGGUUGUUGUCAAGAACUUGAACAAGAUCAUUGACGUCAACUACUACCCCGUCCCGGAGGCCAGACGCAGCAAUUUCCGUCACAGGCCAGUUGCCGUUGGUGUCCAGGGUCUUGCUGAUGCAUUCCUGGCUCUCCGCCUUCCCUUCGAUUCUCCCGAGGCCAAGUUCCUCAACUCCCAGAUCUUUGAGACCAUCUACCACGGUGCCUUAACUGCCUCCGUGGAGCUGGCCCAGAUUCACGGCACAUACGAGACCUACGAGGGAUCCCCAGUGUCCAAGGGUGAGCUCCAAUACGACAUGUGGGGCGUUACUCCUACCGACCUGUGGGACUGGGACUCUCUCAAGGCCCAGAUCAAGCAGCACGGUGUCCGCAACUCCCUGCUCGUCGCACCCAUGCCCACUGCCUCCACCUCCCAGAUCCUCGGCUUCAACGAGUGCUUCGAGCCAUACACCUCGAACAUCUACUCGCGCCGUGUCCUGGCCGGCGAGUUCCAAGUCGUCAACCCCUGGUUGCUCAAGGACCUCGUCGACAUGGGUCUCUGGUCCGACAACAUGAAGAACCGCAUCAUUGCAGACGGCGGCUCCAUCCAGAACAUCCCCAACAUCCCCGCCGACAUCAAGGCCCUCUACAAGACCGUCUGGGAGAUCUCCCAGCGCACCAUCGUCCAGAUGGCCGCCGACCGCGGUGCCUUCAUCGAUCAAUCCCAGUCCCUCAACAUCCACAUGAAGGACCCGACAAUGGGCAAGAUCACAUCCAUGCACUUUGCCGGCUGGAAGCUCGGCCUCAAGACCGGAAUGUACUACCUCCGCACCAUGGCCGCAUCGGCCCCUAUCCAAUUCACCGUCGAUCAGGAGGCCCUCCUCGUCGCUGACACCAACGUCGCGAGAGAGCGCACCUCCUCGCGCAAACCCCUCGCGAAGUCAUACAUCGCCCCCUCCCAGGCAUCUGGACCUCGUCCAAUGUACAUGAAGCAGAACUCCACCCCCCCAACCAACAGCCUCACCUCCAACGGCGUCCCAACACCCAGCAUCACCCCCCCUCCCACCGAGACCAGAAAGCCCGUCAACCCCCCGCUGAAGAGCCCCGGGUUCCAGGCUGAUGUCGAGGAGGGCGGUAGCCCAAAGGCACUGGCUACUGAGCCGGGCGCGAUGCAAGAUGAGGAGUUGAAGGAUGUCAGCUUGUCGAAGUCGGAGGAGAAGCCGGAUAGCGAUGAGAGGGAGAAUGAUAUCUAUGCUGAUGCUGUGUUGGCGUGUAGUAUUGAGAACCCGGAGAGCUGUCUGAUGUGCAGUGGUUAGAUGGGUUGUUUGAACUCCGGGGUGUAAGAGUCGAGUAUGAUUAGGGUUGUAUGAGGAGGAAUGGGUAUAUGGUUCAUGGCUCACGCUUUUUGGUUUUUUUGUUGUUGCGAUUGUUUUGUUGUGGGUUUGGGAUACUGCCUGGCUUUUAUGUAGUUUUUUGGUCAGGGCCGAUGUGGCUAUAGCAUAUUAUAGUGUUUGAUAUGUUGGUGGUUAAUAAAUCGUCGAGUUUAUAGAGAUGUUGUUGACUUGAUUUGUGCUGCAUGGAUAUAUGUAAUGCCGUGCUGAGUGCUGUUAAAGAGUGAUGUUAUUUUAUUGUGUUGAUAUUAUUGGAA